CACACCACCCACGGCGAUCCCACACACCACGCCUUUCUCACCCUCCCACUCCCUCCCAAUCUAUGACAGCGUCCUCCCUCCAUCUUCUUUGCAACACGAUGCGAUGAAUGGGACUCCUCGCCGAGGACCAGGCGGAUUCCCCGCCACCCCCCAGACAGCCGCGCGCUCUCCAGGAGCAAGCAGUCCCAAUGGCUCGACUACCAGCCGUCCAAAUGUGGGUAUGCCGCUGCCCGAAGUCCCGCGACCCGCUGGGGACAGCAAGACGGGGCCUCUAAUACCUACCACCAUUCUCGACGCCCCGACACAGCGCUUCUACGUCCUAGCCAUCUACGUCGGCCUGUGGGCAUGGCGGUUAUACGACUUCUAUACACUGGCGAUAGACGAGGAGGAAUCGCUGGCUCUAUGCCUGAGAUGGUGCUUCUUCGAUAUGACCUUCAUCUUUUGUUUGCCUUUGUUUGAAAUCCCGUGGCUGGAGUGGAGCAAUGCCACGGCCUUCGUGCUGUUUAUGCUGCAUGCGGCCUUGGACGUUAUGCUCAUGUUCCGGAUUGGCGUUCCCGUGCAGACUUGGCUGCUCUCCUUUCUGGCUUUCUUCUUCGACAGCGAGCUAGCAAUCAGCGAGCGGAGCGUCAAGCCCGGGCCUAUCUUGCACAACGCGUCCCUGAUCUUGGGAAAGCAGAUUAUUCACAUUCUGCCAGAAGGCUCUGCUAUUUUGAACCCCAACAGAGAGCCCUUCUGCCUCAAUUCCUCCAUCACGCAGCUCGAGAUCCCUAUACAGAUCAACCAAACCGAGCCCGUGGAAAUCGAACUCAUUCGAAUAGACAUUGAUACAAAUCAGAAUGAGACGAUCCUCAUCAAGAAGGGUGAGAUGAAGGCCCUGUUGAAAAAGGCGAGGAAGUUAAUCAAAGUGGUGGAUCCUUCCAGCCCCCUGGUGCUGCGGCACACAGUAAAGAAGACGGGCGUCUAUCUGUUGAAGAAAGUCUUGGACCAGUCUAAGCUUGAGGUUCGCCCAAGAGCGUCGAGUCUUAUCGUAGCUCCAUGUCCACAAUCUCGUGUGAAACCCACGGGAAAUAGCCGUUGUCGUAAUGACCUCUCCAAUGUUUCUUUAGAGAUUGAAGGCAUUGCACCUCUCCGCAUCAAGUACCGAACAACGGUCGAUGGCCGCCCGCGAGAGGCCUCCGAGUUCCAAAGCCUUCAACCAGAUGAUUUCGUCUCCCCGCUCUCAAAACACACAUCGCAAGCUUUGAUUCAGAGCAAUCGGCAGGAUGUGUCCUGGGCGCGGUCUCAAAAGGUCACAGUAGCGCUGAACGAAACUCUCUUAAACAGUGGCGUUUGGACUUACGCAGUCGAGGAAGUCGAGGAUGCACUUGGAAAUAUUAUCAACUACAUCCCCUCCGAUGAUGAGGACCGACCAAAGCAGAAGGUCACCGGAAUUCAACAGGCCUUCACAGUUCACGAGCGACCCAAUGUCUACCUCAAAGGAUGCACUCCACAGCAGCCCCUGCAGGUUGCAAAGGGCAACAUAGACCGCCUCCCCAUCAAGUAUGGUUCAACCGGAAAAACUGCGAUUGAUGGAGCCCACACCAUCGAAUACCUCUUCACAGCUGGAGCAGAUCUUACUUCAGAUGGAGAUCAUAGUCCGAACGCAGAGCUGAAGAAGCAGACCAUGAAGACUAAUCGAGAGCAGCCGCUUAUCUCAGCGAGCGGUCUGUACACCAUAAAGUCCGUCGCCACUGAAUUCUGCGGGGGCGAGGUUCUCGAGCCUGCCUCAUGCUUACUCCAGAACCCUCCGGAACCAGAGCUGUACCUAUCAAGCGAGGAUAUUGUGGAUAAGUGCGCCGGCAAUCCAAUCGGUCUGCGCGUUGGCUUGGAUCUUAUCGGUACCCCACCUUUUACCAUCCGCUAUACAGAGCAAAAGAAAGGUCACCGAAAGUAUCCACGCGUUACCACCGUUACUGCGUUGAGGAGUACUAUCGAUUUAACUCCAGACGAGGCAGGCCACUACUCCUAUACUUUCGAUUCCAUCACAGACUUUGUUUACAAAGAGCGCGCGUUACAUAACCUCGUUCUGCAACAGGACGUGAAGCCUUCGGCAUCCGCUCAUUUCAUUGAAGGAAAUGAGUCGAAGAAGGCUUGCAUUGACGACUCUGUGGAAUUUGACGUCAAACUUCAAGGAGAAGGUCCAUGGAAGCUAGAGUACGAAUUGGUCCACAACGGAAAGCGUACCAAGUACGCCACCAACGUGGAGGAGGAACAUUACACUAUAAAGACCCAGAAGCUGAACAAUGGCGGCGAAUAUACCGUAUCGUUGGCCAGUAUUACUGACAAGAUGGGGUGCAAGGAAUUCCUGAGCCAAGGGGUGAAAGUCAAUGUCCGCCAUGAGCGUCCGAAGGCCUAUUUUGGACACAUCGAAAGCAAACAAGCCGUCAGAGCGCUUGAAGGAAAGGAUGUGGGACUUCCCCUGCGUCUUACUGGUGAAAAGCCUUGGACGUUGGAAUAUGAGAAUAUUGAUACUGGAGACGUCAAGAAGACAACCGUUUACAGUGCUAACGACAAGAUCGAUAUCAAGUCUGCAGGUACCUAUCAGCUCUUGUCUGUUAGGGACUCGAUAUGCCCUGGCGUGAUUGACGAGAAGGCAAGCCGGUUUGAUGUUGCAUGGAUUCCUCGGCCAAAGAUCAGUGUUGCCGAGUCCGCAACGAUGGUUCGUGAGGGAGAAAGGUUCAUCAAAGAGGCUGUCUGCGAGGGUGACGAAGAUACUUUUGACGUCCUUCUGAGUGGGAACCCCCCCUUUGAUGUCUCGUACCAACGGCGUUUAAUGGACAAGAAGAACGGAAACACUGCUGCUCUUACACCGAAGGAACUUCGCGCCGUAGGUGGCGCCACGUCUAUCCGCGCAGAAACGUCACAUGCCGGCACGUACGAGUAUAAAUUCAUUCAGCUUGCCGAUAGCAAGUACGACCAUUCUUCCAAGCACUUUGCCCCCCUUACCGUACAACAAACCGUCAAUCCACGACCAAAUGCUCGUUUCAACAACCCUGGAAAGACAUAUAGCUACUGUUCACGUGAAGCAGAUGGUGAAGAAGUCAUCCCAAUGACCUUUGAGGGCGUACCACCCUUCUACCUCGAAGUUGAGAUCAAGCACCACGGCACGCCGAAACCAGAAAUCAGCAUUCACAAGAACAUCCAGUCCCUGAAAUACGACCUUAAAAUCGAGCAUCGCAAGCUACAUCUCGGACACUCGGCAAUAUCCAUCCGCAAGAUCCGCGAUGCGAGGGGUUGUACCCGGAAGUCUACGCCAGGGGGUCCAAGAGUGCAAAUCAGUGUCCACGACGCCCCAACUGCUACCGCCUUAGAAGAUCGCAUGGAUUUCUGCGUGGGCGAAAGAUUGUCCUUUGCACUGGGUGGUCAAGUACCGUUUACAGUAUACUACACCUUCGAAAAACAAGAACGCAAAGCUUCAAACUCUGGCACCACCUUCCGUCGUCUCGCCGAGCUCCCUGGAUCUUUCACCAUAACCGGUCUCCGAGACUCUGCAUCCGAGUGUCUAGCCUCCCUUAAUUUAACCAAGGAAAUCCAUCCCAUACCUUCGGUCCGUCUAUCCGGUGGCCUCGUCUCUGAAGUUGAUAUUCAUGAAGGUGGAGGCACGGAUCUGGAGUUCCAAUUUUGGGGUACCCCGCCUUUUGAGUUCACAUAUACGCGGAGUACAAAUGCGCAGAGGGGCCGUAAGAGUAAGGUAUUAGAGAUUAGGACUGAGGUCUCGCAUGAACACCACAUGGGUAUUCCCGUGCAGGAAGAGGGAACGUACGAAGUUGUGAGCAUCAAGGAUCGGUGGUGUAGUUUUACGAAGGUGGUUGAAGGGGUGGAUGGGAAGGUUGGAACUGGAGGACAGAAGCUAUUGACAUAUUGAUAGGGAUGGCAUUGGUAUGGAGAGGAGACGAAUGGGGGAGUGCAUUUUUCGGUGUUUGGGAAAGAGGUUGUGGUCAUUGAUCUUUUUUUUCUUUCGGUCUUUGAAAAAGAAAUAUGGUUCACUUUGUAGUGGAAUUAGCAUAAGAUUUCCUUGGGAUUGUUAGCAGUUGACGCGUCAGUCAGUCAGUAAUGC